AUGUUUUUGAACAAUAUUAAUGUGUUGUGUUUGAUAAUAUGUCUUACAGAUUUUAGCAGGAGUCUUCCAUACGAUAAUUUAAACCACACGAAUUUAUACGGCAAUGAUUAUGGUACGAAAUGGAUCUAUUUUCCGAACGGUGAUGGUUUUCCUCAUUAUGUUAAUUUGAGGACGCCUGAAAAUGGUAUCAAGUUUGAUAUGCGAAGACCAAUUGAUGGUUUAAUCGAAUUUAGAUUAUACAUUGGAAACGACACGUAUAGUUAUAUUGAAUUGAAUGAAAUCGGACAACCUUACGAAAAAAUAUAUCAAGACACUACGAUGAUGAUAAUGUCAUCUCAUAAACCAUUAAAAAUUAUUACGCAUGGUUGGAAGUCGUCAGCAGAUAAAGAAGGCGUCGAAGACAUUAAAACUGCUUAUUUGGAAACCAAAAACGUCAAAGUUAUAACCAUCGACUGGAGUGAGGUCGCAGACUCAAUAUAUCCCUGGGUUGCCUAUCAAGCGAAGGGCAUAGGUGCUAAAGUGGCUCAAUUUAUAAGCGCUCUUCAUAAGAGAUAUAACAUUACUGGUAAACAAUUUCAUCUUAUUGGCCAUAGCCUCGGAGCUCAUAUUAUGGGUAUAGCAGCAUCCAGAUCAAAUUUCACUGUGGACAGGAUCACAGGUCUCGAUCCAGCCCGACCCUUAUUUGAAUACCCUUCGUUUAAACAUUUAGAAAAUUUAGACCCAUCGGACGCCGACUUUGUUGACGUUAUUCAUACAUGUUGUGGAGUUUUGGGUUAUGAAGCACCCACUGGAACAGUUGAUUUUUAUCCCAACAGUGGCUUCCCACCUCAACCAGGAUGUGGCAGUAUACAAAAGAUAUUUGGUUUGUAA